CAGAGGGCGGUGGCGGCUGCAGGAGCAGCCGGGGAGGUGGAGGCGGCCAGGAGGAUGGCGGCGGCGUCGUGGGCGCGGCGGAGAUGAGCGCCCGUGGCCCCAGGCCCAGGGCGGCGCGGCCGGAGUGGGCGGGGGUCCCGAUGCAGGCCCGAGGGGGGCCAUGGGGCAGGUCCUGCCGGUUUUCGCCCACUGCAAAGAAGCUCCAUCUACAGCCUCUUCUACCCCCGAUUCCACAGAAGGAGGGAAUGACGACUCAGAUUUUCGGGAGUUGCACACAGCCCGGGAAUUCUCAGAGGACGAUGAGGAGGAGACCACAUCGCAGGACUGGGGUACCCCCAGGGAGCUGACCUUUUCCUACAUUGCCUUUGAUGGCAUUGUGGGCUCUGGGGGUCGUAGGGACUCAGUUGCCCGGCGCCCUCGGCCCCAGGGUCGCUCUGUUUCAGAACCCCGAGACCCACCCCCACAGUCCGGCCUAGGGGACAGUUUAGAGAGCAUCCCUAGCCUUAGCCAGUCCCCAGAGCCUGGACGGCACGGCGACCCAGAUCCCAUGCCUGCAACUGAGCAUCCCCUGGAGGACCUGAGGCUGAGGCUGGACCAGCUGGGCUGGGCUGCCCAGAGUGCAGGAUCUGGGGAGGAUUCAGCCACCAGCAGCUCCACCCCACUGGAAACUGAGGAAACUGAUGGAUUGGAGGCGAGCCAGGCUAGAGAAGAACUGAACCUGCAACUCCAACUUGCUCAGUCUUUGUAUCUGCAACAUGAAGUCCUGACUCCUCAGCCUAGCCCCAGCUCAGGGGCCCCUCAGGCUCAUACACCAUCCCCACCACGAUCUCAAGAUUCGAACUCUGGUCCUGAUGAGGCUUUGCUGGAUGAGGAGGAAGAGCAUUGGAGGCCACUGGCACAGGAGCCAAUCACAGGACAGUGCCUGGGUAGCACAGACCAAUCAGAAUUCACACUGCAGCUAUGCCCUCUAGUGGCAGACCUGCUGUACUGGAAGGAUACCAGGACGUCAGGAGCGGUCUUCACGGGCCUCAUGGUCUCCCUCCUCUGCCUCCUGCACUUUAGCAUCGUGUCUGUGGCUGCAUAUGUGGCCCUGCUGGGGCUCUGCGCCACCAUCUCUCUCAGGGUUUACCGCAAAGUGCUGCAGGCUGUGCACCGGGGCGAUGGCACCAACCCCUUCCAGGCCUACCUGGAUGUGGACCUGACACUGACUCAGGAGCAGACAGAGCGUUUGUCCCAGCAGAUUGCUUCUCACGUGGUCUCCACAGCCACACAGCUGCGACAUUUCUUCCUGGUGGAAGACUUGGUGGAUUCUCUCAAGCUGGCUCUUUUCUUCUACAUCUUGACUUUUGUGGGUGCCGUCUUCAAUGGCUUGACUCUUCUCAUCCUGGGAGUGAUUGCUUUGUUCACUGUCCCUCUUCUGUACAGACAACACCAGGCCCAGAUUGACCAGUAUGUGGGGUUGGUGACUAAUCAGUUGAGCCACAUCAAAGCUAAGAUCCGAGCUAAGAUUCCAGGGACCGGAGCCCUAGCCUCAGCAGCAUCUGCAGUCUCCGGAUCCAAAGCCAAAGCUGAAUGAGAGGGGGUGUCUCAGCCUGAGGGACGCCUGCCCCCACUCCAGCAGCCCUCUGUUCCCCUUCAGUUCCGAUCCAUCCACAUCCUCUCCCACUCUUGGCCGAGACAUUUCCCUGAGUAUAAGGAUCAUUCCCACAAGGGAAUUUGCAAACAACAACAACAAACGCCCCCGAGGCUCCUGGACUACAUUUCCCAAGAGGCUCUGCUCGAAGAGUCCAGGAAAGACUAGGCUCUUUGACCGCGAAGCCUGCUGGGAUUUGUAGUUAAGCAGACAGGGCAACGCCCUGCACUUCUGCGACUCGGCCGCUGGAGGCGCUGUGAGGGGUUGGCGUCUCAGAUGCCCCCAGCCCCAAUGCUGGGGUUUUGCAUGGGGCCCAGGCGAGCCCUGAGCUUGGAUUUACACUGUAAUAAAGACUCCGGU